AUGGCUGCCAACGAAAACACAAACAUGGAAGUCGACGAAGAAAAGAACAAGUCUUUAGCAGAUAAAGUUAAACCACUCGUAAACGGCUUUCCCCGGAGAAUAGACAACAAGAACAAUGUCGGCGGUGAGAAAAACGCAAAUGAAAGUGGCGCUACGGCGGAAUAUUGCGAGAAGCUGCAGGCGUGGAUGUGGCAGUAUUACACUGGAUAUGCGACCUGGCAGAGCUGUCUGGCAGCGUCAGCCAUGUCCUACCCGUGUUAUCUACAGUCAAACAACGGGACGUCGACGGCACCUCUUGAUUUCAACAUUCAGAGCUGGUAUAACAGUCCGUUUGGCCUUCCGUUGUCGCCUUAUAAUUCAUCCGCUGUCGCCUCUCCAAGCAGCCGGGCAGGUGAGACUGCUGGCGGGGCUGCAGUGGCAGCUCAGCCACAGCAGCAGCCGCAGGAGAAUGGAAAUGCACAGAGACCAGGUCGGGAGUAUAGUAUUCCUUCACCUCUCCAAAGACUCCUGGCUGAAAUGGUGGAUUUUUUCAUUUUGUUUUUCAUCAAAGCAACCAUAAUCAUCAGUAUUAUGCACCUGAGUGGUAUCAAGGAUGUUUCAAAGUUCGCCAUGCAUUUCAUAGUGGAGGAAAUAGAUGAGGACACAUCGAUGGAGGAGCUACAAAAAAUGAUGCUUGUUGCCCUUGUGUACCGGAUAUUAGUGUGUUUUUAUGAGAUUGUUUGUAUUUGGGGAGCAGGAGGAGCCACUCCAGGGAAGUUUCUAGUAGGACUCAGAGUUGUUACAUGUGACUCGUCAGUUCUAGUUCAACCUAACAGGGUGCUUGUAGUGCCAGCAACUAAUGUCUCCCUGUCUGCAUCAACUGUCCGAGCCUUGAACAAGAACUUUUCAAUUGCCUUCUUUUUCCCGGCCUUCAUUACACUUCUGUUCUUCCAGCACAACAGGACUGUGUAUGAUAUGGUAGCUGGUACAAUUGUUGUCAAGCGCACCCGGGCCAGAUGACGCACUCUCUAGAGGAAAGUCCAGUAACUUGGAGCAGGCACUGCGUGAUGUUUUUAAAAAAUGCCUGCAGAACUCCUUUAAUGUCAGAACAAGUAGGAACUUUACGAUGGUGGCUGAGAGAUUGCACCAGUAUGAACUUAUUUCAGACCACUACAAUUCUGUUUUGGUUUGUCUCUGACACAUACUGUAUUUCUGCAUGUAUGUCAUACAUGCUGCUUUCAGAUUUGUUCCUGUGCCAAACUUAUGUCUCUUUUAAAGACAGGAAAAAGGAUGGUAUUUGCUACCUUUUCAUUAACACAAAAUAUGCCUCUUUUGAAAUACUCUUCCAGAUUAGGAGUGAAUGUCUUGAAUCACUCAUUAUUUAAGUAACUAAUCAUGCAUUUAUGAGAUAAUACCUUCAGUGUGUAUCUCUUUGUAUUAAGAUUUUGUCUUAAGAGUUGUACACUCAGAUUUAUUUUUAUUUUGAGUUCUUGAUCUCUGUCACUGUAAGAGUGAUGCAUCAUAAACAGCUUUUUCAGCUGCUGAAAUACUGUUUUCUAAAGGCACAUUCAGUGUUUUGAAGGGAAAUGUAAACCUGUGAAAAGUUUAAUGUAUUACAUAUUUUCUGUAAUUAACUUUUUUGCAUUUAAUAAUAUUAAAUGAAACCACCACUAUUUCCCUGCAUGAUUAAUGUAUGUAUUUUAGCUGAUUGUCUGCUAUUUGACAAUUCUUUUAAUAUUUAAAAACUAAUUGAUUGAUUUGUCCUUAAAUUUGCCUUAUCCUCCGGCUACUGUGUUUUUAUAUCCAACAAUGCUUUGUAUUUCAAGGCGUAAAAUUUGGAAACAUUCCACAUACCCUGAAAGCAUUUACCGGAGACAGAUGAAUGGAAAUGUUUCUAUACAUGGCACAGGAGUUACUUAAUGUUUUGAUGAGUACGAAAAUUAUGUGAAUCAUAUGCUUUGCUUCACUUUUCACCCAAACUCAAUCAGAGACAUAUUGGAGACUUUGGACAACAUUGUCCAUAACCAUUAACAAAUCACCAAAUAAGGUAAAGUCUUUACUGGAAUCUGUGCUAGAACUUUCCCACUGACGUGAUGAAAAUAAACUUUAUUACCAAUAUGAAAUCUUAAAAUGAUAGUUUCACAAUUUUUCAUUUCUGUUCUAAAACAACAAAAAGAAAG